UCAUCUAGCGAAGCACAGCAGAGCAGUUUCAGAGACCUUCCUCAUAGUCUUUCUGUUGCUUUUUGAAAUUUUUUAUUUAUUUUUGUUGCUGUCUGUAGUCUUACUUUUACACACUCAAGCUGGCAACCAUCGAUCCAGGGAUAAUGGAGUUAUCGCUGAUGGCAGCACAGCAUUUCCCGGCUGUGAGCGGGGCCUUCAUGGAUUCUCCGUACAAUGGCAACACGUCCCUGCAGACGUCCACCUCCAACCUCAACACCGGCUACUCUCGACCCUCGGAAGCAGAGGACGAUGGGAAAGUGUCCAGUGACACCAUCUGGCUGUGGAUCGCUGUGCUGGCAACCAUCGGCAACAUAGUGGUGGUGGCUGUGGUUUGUGCCUGUGCCUUCUGACAAGAUGGACGAGUGGAGCAGAAACGCUGCUGCUGUCGGAUGAUGGGAAACCUUGUAUAUCCUGAAAAUAUAUUUUUCUUCGGAGAUGUUGUAAUAUAGCCUUACUUUUAGAUUAGAUUUUUGAAGAGUUUUAAAGAGGAAUUUGCAUGGGAUUCUUCAUUCAUAUACUUUUCACAAUUCUUUUUUCAAUAAAUUAAAGAGUAAAAAUAUCGAACUGCAGUUACAGUGGGAAACACAAAACUCUUUUAUUUAUUCAUGAGACUGAAAUAAUUAUCUGACAGAGACACAACUGUAUCUGACUCUUUCUGUUUGGUUCUACAGUGAAACAAUGUUAAAAGAAAACCCCCGAAUUAAGUUUAAACAUAACAUGGAGUCACAUCAAGGGAAUUUUAGGAUGGCUACUGAUGCAGAUCUUACUUAAAAUACUGGAUGCCGACCUCAUACUGACCAAAAAAGACCACACACAGAUGGAUAUCUUGCAUGUAUAUACUUUGCGGCACAUUUUAUCAAACCAGCGUGACAGCUUUCCAGCCUACAGAUCACUUAUAAAUCAAACCAUGUCACUGUUAUGUUGCCCUGAAUCGUUUAAACACAUAACAGCUUGAGUUACAGUAGACACCUUGCUUACCAUGGACUACUUUACUCCAGUAUUACAUAAAAAACAUGUCCUAUGUCACCCAUUUUUCAUUGCCGUCCUGGUAUAUGACCUGGAAAUAACAACAGUCUAACACUUAAACCACACAUGGCAAAGUAAACAGCUCCUUAAACACUUAAGAGCAGUUGAACUACAAUCAGAACAACUUGUCCUCAGGUUUGCCCUUUAUGGUCUGAGACUCUAAAUGGGUCACGGCAAUGUUUAUUUAAGCCUCAAUGUGAGUGCAAAAUUAACAUCUUUUUUUUAAAUCAGCCUCUGUCCUGAAGCAAAAUACUACAAUUAUUCAUUCUGGAUGUCAGGCUGAAAAAAAAACAGCGCUGGCUUUAACAUAUUAGUACUAUACUUGCCAAUGGUCAGCUGGUUACGCAAGCCAAGCUGGUGUUAUGUAAACCCGUUCAGUCCUGCUUACACCACAGGCUCAGCAGAGGUCAGAAGGAUUAGACAAGAUCAUAGCUUGAUAUCUUUGUGGGAUCAGGAGCCAGAAAGAGAUCCACAGUUGAAGCUUGUCAAUGACAUGUAGUGUGUGUGAUUGUGGGAUUUAGUCGUUAGAGAGGCCAGAGGUUUGAGCCCUGUAACAUCCCGAUGAUGCUCGAACAAAGCGCUGAACUCCAA